GAAGUGCGCGCGACCGGGCGGCUCGCGCUGGUUGACGGGAGCGCGGCUGUUUGAAGGAGAGGCGAUGGCGGGGCGGCUGUCGGAGUCCGUCGGGCCCGGGCUGGGCGCCGAGGCCGAGGAUGCGGCCGAUUCGAACGCGAAGCGGGACGUCCUGGAGCAUCUCUGCGUGAGGACGCAUCUGAAGCAGCUGGCGAUGGAGUUCAGCACCGCCUGCCCCCACAGUGAAGAGUGCAACAAUGGUAUGGAGUUAAGCUUCGUCGAAAGUGGCAAAGAAAGUUUGGAAGAAUUGGGGAAAGUAAAAACUGCCUUUGAAAGCAAAGCAUUAGCCUUACGAAGGAUUCAGCUUACGGAUGCUCUGAGAAAGAAAGUUAAACAAAAUGAUGGUUGCACACGACUAAUUAUGGAAAGAAUGAAAGACGUAAUCAAGCUCAACUGUGAAAUAUUUCAAGCUCAUCAGCAAGCACGUGUGAUUAGAGAGAAUUUGAAUGACAUUAGAAGGAGAAGAUACCUUCUGAAACAGGCCGAAGGAGAGAAGGCGCUGCGAAUUUCUACCACAAUGAGGAAAAAAAAGGAAGUAGCAAGAAUGAAAAUCAGUGAAAAGUUGAAGUUACUCCAUAGGAAUGUACAGUAUGAAAGGAAGGUGAUUGUGUUAAUUCAGAAUAUACUCCAGAAUAUCAUAGUUGGAUGCCAAGUCAACUGGAUGAAAGAUCCAUCUUUAAAAGCAAUUAUUCUACAGCUCGAGAAAGAUAUCUCCAUUCAGAAUCUCUUGUAGUCGGCAAGAUGGUGUUUAAUU